AUGAAAUACCCAUCGACCAAAAGCCUGCUCGCCCCCAGCUCAAGAGCCCCAUCCCCCUCUUCUCCCCUCUCUUCCCCUCAUUCUUCAUCUGGGCAUUUGGAAACUUCUACACCCAUUUCGACGAACCCCGAUAUGACUGCUGACGAUUUCAAACCUGGCUCUGAGCCAGCACAUGUCGAAGAUAACGAUAUGUCCAAAGUCGCGUCCAACGAUCCGUUGAGGAAUGUUGACGCUGAGUUUGGAGGGACCGAAGAGCGCAGACGGAUGGAGAGGAAGCUCUUGCGCAAGUUAGAUGCACGUAUGAGUAUCAUGGUCGUCAUCUACAUUUUGAACUACAUCGACAGAAAUAAUGCUGCAGCAGCCAAAUUACGUGGCUUCGAAACUGACUUGGGUCUCAAGGGCAAGGAGUUUGCAACUUUACUGUCAAUCCUCUAUGUCGGAUACAUUUUGAUGCAGGUGCCCAGUAACAUGUUCUUGAACUACAUCGGCAAACCAUCGCUUUACUUGCCAGCAUGCAUGCUCAUUUGGGGUGCAAUUUCUUGCCUAACGGGUAUUACUCACAACUUUGUUGGGGCUCUCCUGACCCGCUUCUUCCUCGGUUUUGUGGAAGCUGCCUUUUUCCCUGGUGCGCUUUUCCUCUUGUCCAAAUGGUACAAGCGUGAGGAGCUUGGUUUGCGAACUGCAAUCCUCUAUUGCGGUAACUUGUCUUCCAAUGCUUUCGGUGGCUUGAUUGCAGCUGGUAUUCUUGAUGGAAUGCAAGGCAAGCUUGGCCAUGCUGCGUGGCGCUGGCUGUUCUUUAUCGAGGGUGCGGUUACCAUGGCUGUCGCCAUCCUUGCUAUUUUCAUCUUGCCCGAUUUUCCAAGCACCACUAAGUGGUUGAGCCCCAUGGAGAGGCGUCUGGCUCAAGACGCUGGUGGUGAAGCAGACCACGAUACCAAAGAGGAAGGCGCAUUCCACGGUUUGAUUCUUGCCGUUAAGGACUGGAAGGUCUGGUGGCUAGCGCUCGCUCUUACCGCGCAAGUCGUUGGCUUGAGUUUCAAUGCCUACUUCCCUACCCUCACCGCGACUCUGGGAUACAACCACCGGCGAGCGCUUCUGGCACGUUUCGUUCCUCUUUUUGUUGGUAUCAUCGGGUUUGUUAUUGCCGAGGCGACUAUGAACACUGCAGGGCGAUAUAUUGCGCUCUUCUUGAUGGCACAAUCCUAUGCCGGAUUCAUCGUCUUCUUUUCUUGGUGCUCUAACUCGCUCCCCCGCCCACCCUCUAAGCGUGCUGUUGCACUCGCCCUAAUCAACGCGUUCUCACAACUUGGGAAUGUCGCGGGUUCGUACGUAUGGCCGAAUGAAUGGGGGACAACCUACCGCAACUCCUACGCAAUCUGCAUUGCAUGCUUCGGAUGUGCCAUUGCUAUGUGCUUUGCAUUUAGGCAGCACCUCAUUACUCUGAACCAUCGCUUGGACAAUGGUGAAGAAGUCGAGGGAAUGCAAGAGCGCCGAGACGCUCUGGAGGAGGCCGCUGAAUUGGAGGGUGUGACCGUUGAAGAAGUCAGGCAGAGACGCAAGGGCUUCCGCUUUGCCUACUAA